GUCUAUGUGAAGAUGGCAGCGUCUCCGCGACAACUUGAGGCGAUUUUUAUCGCCACACCGCCCAGCACGCCCCUCUCACUGACGCGCACGACAACGCCGCGCGAUCUGCCAACCAUGUAUCAUUUCGAUUUUGUACCAAACACCACGGAAUCCGACACAAUUGAACAACGCGAUCCCGAAGCGGAGGCUGCGAACGCAGCGCCGCCACCACCACUAACCAAAGGCCCUCCGGUUCCAGAACAUGGUCAGAGCAGCUUCAGUGAACUAACGCCAUGUCCGAACUGCAGUCGCACCUUUAACCUGAAUGCGUUGCGCAAACACGUGCCCAUCUGCGAGAAGACCUCGAAGAAGCGCAACGUCUUUGAUUCGUCACGUCAGCGUCGCGAGGGCACCACCCUAGCCACCUAUGUGCUUCCCAAGAACUUUGGCCUACCCAAUGCAGAAAAGGCAGCCGGUGUGCACUCACCGACAGCAAUAACUCGCGCUCCAGAGCCGUCCCAUUCACCAACUCGGUCUAACGACUCACCAAUGCCAGUCCGUCGCAAGUCGACAGGCAACACCGAGCUCGUACGCGCCACAGUACGGGCCUCCCUUCGUAAAGCAGCCACAACUGGGGAGCCCUCCGCACCCGCUGCACCCGUUGCACCCGCUGCGCCCGCUGCUCCCUCAGCGGCCCCCACUCCAAAAAGUAGCUUUGUGCGUGAUCGAAUGAGGUCGUCGGAGCGCUCAGUGGCGUUAUCGAAACGCCACAAAGAUGUCGCUUGCGAACGAUGUCCGCAUUGCGAACGCACCUUCAAUGCCAAAGCCUUCGACAGACAUGUGGAGUGGUGCAAGGAAAAGGCCAUACAGGCCACCAUUAAGCUGACCGGCACCACCGAAACAAAUAAGGCCAAGGAGCGUCUGGAAGCACGAAAACAGUACCGACCGCCGAACCUAAAGACUAAACGAUCUAUUAACCGUGACAAGUACUCAAACGCUCAAGACGAUCUACUGGACGCUGGAGAUAUGGUUGCUAGCAAGGAUCACAGUCUGAUGUCUCUUUCGUCGCUGACGUCAUCCGUGCACAGCGAUAACGGUCUUAACAGCAACGAAAAGUACGAUCCCUUUAUAUCUGCUAAGCGCCAGCUUGAGGAGCUCUGUUCACCUACACUAUUUGACGACGAUGUGUUGAGCACAACACCCACAACGCCACUCGCUAUGUCUACGUCUUUGACGACACCCCACACAACCAGCAGUUCCCAUGUUAAGCCCAUUACGCCUUCCACACCUAAACAGCCCGUAUCCAAUUUUCGUAGAACCUCGUCUUUACGCGGCCCACGUCGCACUCCUCUCCUCCCACCUCGUCCACUGUUUUCCAACUAUCGCCCCACCAUUCAGCGAGGUCUCUCCGAUGAGGGCCCCAUCUCAAGCAACUUUUUGAAGCCCGAGGAGUACGAUGAGAUGCCGGUACGAGCCGCCUGCGGCAACGACUUCCACAGCCCUCGUGUGGUUCGUCGCGAUACGAGCGCCUCGAACCGCAAGCAGCAGCUUAAGACACAUCAAGGGGAGGACCAGAAGCCGGAAUCGCAACAGCGAAAUGUAGCCAAGACGGACUCACUGGCCGUAUUUCUUAAAUACGAACAUGAGCUGGAACAACUAAAUGCCAAGGCAGCGGAGGCGGCGGAGGCAGCAAGUCAACUGAACAGCAAGGAGCUCAAAGAUAAGAGCAAUAUUCUGAGUAAACAGAAUUCGGCCAAAAGCAUCAAGCUGGAGGCACUAACAACACCGACUUCAACCUCCAGUCAGCAGCCAUUGCCUGUGCUGACACCCACGACACCAAAGGAAAAUAAUGAGAAUCAGGCCUACAAUUAUAGUACCCCACUACGUUUGGAGCCCAUCAAUAGCAAGCCCAGCACUCCCGCUCUAAGCAAACCUACAACUCCACAGCAGCAACAUCAGUUGCCGUUGCUCUCAGCGGCAACACAACAGCAGCAGCAACAGCUGACGACUGUCAAGCUAAACAGUAUCUUCGGGGCUUCCAGUCGUCUCGAGCGCAAGCUAAGCAACAGUGGCAGUGACUAUAUUGAUCCGAAGCUGAUAAAUCCAUGUGAUAAUCUGAAUAUGCAAUCGAAUGCCAGCGAUGACUGCUCUACUCAAUCAUCCAAUGAGUCUACUGUGACGCCGCAGCGCACAAAACUGCCUCCAGCGACGAACACGUCCCUUUCACAAAGUAGCUCCCAAUCCACCAUUACUCAGGUCUGCAUCGAAAAGCGCAAUUCCGCUGAAGGUCGCAAUCUACUUAAGCGCAAGAUGCGACUUGGCCGCAAUCAGUUCCUCUACGAUGCCUCCCCCGAAGAUGAGGCCGACUGUUCCUCUUGCUGCUCUGCAGACGACGAAGCUAAUCGUUCUUCCAUGGAAUAUGACGAGCAAUGCUGGAAACAGACAUCCGUUAAGCCAGAAAAACCGCAGCUAAUAAACAACCUAAAUGCGGGAGGGGUCUCGCCCCUGAUGCCAAUAAUGCCUACAUUCGAUGAUUUCGACUUUGAGGAAUUUCUCUCGUCAUUUGAAAAUGACGACGAGGAGCAAUUUCCACUGUUCAAAGAUUGUCGAGAGUUUCUUCUGAAUCGCACGACGAGCAGACAACGCUCGUUGCCCAAAGCGACUUCGACACCGAACAAUCAACAACACCAACAACACACAUUUAACACAAAUACCCCCAGAAUUUUGACAACCGGCAUUGGCCGCAAGCUGAAAGACAUGACACCCUCACAUCUGCUCUUCAAUAUACCAUCUACUAAAGCCACCACCCCUACGUCCUACAGAUCCGAUUCAACAGUAUCGAGCAGCUGUGGCUCUGGGUCCUACAAAUCGACUCAAGGUAGUGGGGACGAGAAACUGCGACGUGAGCGUUCCAACGCGUCGAGCUGUAACUCCAACGAGAACAGAAAUGGUAAAAACAAUUCGGAUGUUGGUAACCAAAAGAAGGAAAUAUUCAUCAGCAUUGAGACUGAACCGAACGCCCAAGGCCACUCGCCCAUUUCUCCGGACUCACUACGCCAAAUGGUGGGCAAUGCACAAACUCCGAUUGAAAUGGUCGAGAUCGAUAACGGCAAUGAGCCGGAGCAUUCGAAAUUCAGCAAAAUCAGCGAUACCGACGAUGCCGAUGGUGAGAUCGAUGAUAACAUGGGCGCCGGCCAGACCAGGAUGGCGCCAUCAUCGAUCCCAGCAACGGAAUCGUAUCAGCAGGAAUCACCACAUGACGAUCUACCGAAUGUGCAGUUCAACAACGCAAAGAAUCUGAUACACCAAAUGCAGAAGGAAUUUCGACAGUUAGGUGAGGAUGCGAGCGCCUCCAUGCGCAAGGCUAUGAUGAUACGCAGCUCAGCCACCGGAGAAGGGUAUGAUAUGGCGCCGGAGCAGCAGGAACAGCAGCAGCAACAUCAGCAGCAGCAGGCACCAACGAAAUCAAUGUUGCCACAGCAACAGCAGCAGCAACAAUACCACCACCAGCAGCACCAGCAGCAGACAAAGGCUCAAUCGCCCCUGACACCGUCUGGAGACUCUGACGAACUGAGCAGCUUGGAUGGCUAUCCCAUAUCUUCAUCACAAUCGUCGCGACGUGGAGCUAGCUCCAAGUUGAGCUCAGACUCGGCCUAUGGCAGCAGUCACUCCCCCUACAGCCUAUCCCGACAGCGUUCCAGCGAAUUGUCCGGAACCCCCCGUUCACAGGGCAGCAAUAGCGCGGGUGGCGGUGCUGGCUCUCAAUGUAUGCGGCCACACACAGCCAGUGGUGUAGUUGGCAACAAUGCCACUAACAACAGCAACAACAUGGCCGCCACCAUGAUGGAUGCCUCAACACAAGCUCACAGUGGUUAUGGCACACUAAAGAUGAGACAGCGACUUUUUGGAGGUAGCGAUCUAGGCAACGUCGACGGGCACAGCGAGACGUCGAGCAGCGGAUCGGAAAACUGUUUGUCCGUAGCAGGGCAACAGACUAACUACAACCAGCAACAACCGAUGCAACAGCAACAGCAAAUUCAACAACAACUGCAUCAGCAACAACAGCAAAUGCAUCAGCAGCAACAGCAACUACAUCAACAGCAGCAACAGUUGCUGAUGCAGCCGAUGCAACAACCACAAGCAGUAUAUGGCAGCAGCAGCAACAAUAACUACGUGUUAACCGAAAUGAAUGCGAGUAGCAUGAACAACAAUAACGGUAUGCAUAUGGUAGUAACACCAACAACAUCGCAGCAUUCACUGCUGAGCAGUGCAUCGAAUACAUCGAUGAGCUCAAGCAUGAAAAUGUCGAAAUUUUGUCAUGAAUGUGGCGCCAAAUUUAUUUUAGAGCAGGCAAAAUUCUGCAUGGAUUGUGGUGUUAGGCGUAUGAUCCUUUAGACUAGUAUAUAUAAUCUGUGUUAUAUUGUUGGUGGUGCACAAACACAUACUCUCGUAGAAUCGCAUUUGAGCACCUUCUAACCGGAGCAUGGUUGUUGCUGCGGCUGUCAUGUAGCACGACCACUGUUAUACCAAAUGUAGUUGUUAUAGAAUUUACAGGAAAGUUAAUAUAUUUUAAUACAAGCAUUAAACAAAAAAACAAACAAACAACGUAAAUAUAAAAUAUGGAAACUA